CUGAGUGUUACAGGGAGUCGCAUCUAGGACGUGCUCGGUGGAACUUGUUGCGUCAUUGCGUGCAGCGCUUGUCCGCAUUUUGAUUUAUCUCACAUCAAAUCUUUGAAUUUUAAUUAGUCCCCUUUGAGUGUUUGUUUGAAAAUCUUCUGAUAUGAGUGGAACGUCGCUGAUUUUCCGCCGCAAAACCGAACAGGAACAGCAGAAUUCGAUCAACAAUACCGGUUCCACGCUUCCAUGUUGGGCAAACCGGAGCUUCCUUCGUGGCUUCGUUAUAUCUACAGCGGUCGGCAUCACUCGGGAUUCAUCUUCGGAACACCACCGAGAGGCUCCCGAGGCCCAAUUACGCUCGAAGUAAUUGGGUUAAACCGACAAGAUUAUGAGACGCGCAGGGUGUUGCUUACGUUAGAAAUCCAGCAUAAAGAGAAGAUGGCGCGCCACGAAGUCGAGCUCAAGAUCGAUAAUCUGAAUGUUGAAGAUCUACUGGAUGAGCACAAGAUGACUCGACUGAAAGAUAUCUUGCGCACUAAGCUGUGGACGGAGAGUAGCGGCGAUCUGUACGCGACUUUCCUGGCGUCUGCCAUCGAUCUCGGCGCUCGACUUCCUUUAAAACCUAGCGACGGUGAAGGCUUGGUAGUCCGUCUGGGCAGCUCGAUGCCAUUCUCGCUGGAGCUGCAGCGGCUCCGCGAGGAAGUACGUCCUCUGUCCCGUCUGCCGAGCUGCCCGCGCGAGUACAAGCGAACCACCGUCGAGAGACUCUUCCGCGAUGCUGGUCUGACGUUGGACUGGUGCAGUUUUGAGCUGUAUAACACUAUCUACAAGGAGCGUACCACCCAACACCUGGAGUACCUCACCGAAGUACCCAACUCCAGCAAGUCGGCUAAAUCCUUCAAGGCGUUGGAUACUAGGGACGCUUGGACUGCACCUAGCAAGGAACAGCUUCCAUCCCGCAGCUACGGGCGUCAGCUAUCAGCCGCAGUGCUGGUGCCACUGUCGCUGCUGCUGCUGUGUGUAGCUGCCCUAUCGGCCGCCGUCUGCGCUCUGCAUGCCACCGUGUAAGUAUAGUGAACUUGUCUCCACCAG